AUGGACAAAUCACCGAAGAACGGCGGCCCCGGAGCCCAUCCCACCACCCCCCACACGCUCGAUGCAAAGCAGGGACGUGCAAAGCUGAAUGUGCCGCUGCAGGCCGAGAAGGAGCUCCUUGAACAGAAGUUGACUAACAAUGACACCGCCGUCCGAGACUUUGCCGCACUCCACUUGCAGCCCAAGAGCACCGCUGCUGCAGACAAUGAAGACAUCGAGAACGCUGGGAGGACGGCCUCGGGGCAGGGUAGAUCGACUUCAAUCACACCCGGCCCAGGCAAGCCCAACGACCAGAUACCCUAUCCGCUUGUGCGAGCGCCCGGCGUUGCGCUACCCAAGGACCGACCGCUUACUCCGAUCGAAAUCAAGACUCUUCGGCUCUGUGCCCAGUUGAGGGCCCAGCGAGCGGAGCACUUCCGACAGCAGGAGCUGGAGAUGGCACGGGAACGCCAGCCUUGGGGCGGACAUGGAGAGCACUCGCUUCUCUGGCUGCCUUCCCCCGUGGUUCCCCAGGUCUUGGACGAGGCAACUUUGCAUAUCGCAAUGCAUAUGCGGUGUCAGGGAGACUGGAUGCACCGAAUGCCCCAUAAGAACAAGGAGACGGGUCAAGUACGCCUUGCCGCCAAUGCCAACGAGAGUAUGGCUGACAACAAGGAUGAUGACGAGAAGAGAACACUUGGAACCGCUUCACUUUGUCGAGGACGGGGAAUGAGACCCCUUCCCUAG